UGGCGAACUGGUAAAAACCAGUUGUGGCCGUUGAAAGAACCCCUCAGUGCACACGGUGACUGCGAUUCCGGAGCACCCACUGCGAGUAUUCCAGCUAGUCUUCCUUGUGCGUACAUUUUCCAGACCCGAAAAUGCGUGAAAUCGUGCACAUCCAGGCGGGGCAAUGUGGAAACCAGAUCGGCGCCAAGUUCUGGGAGGUGAUCUCGGAUGAGCACGGCAUCGACCCCACCGGCAGCUACCACGGUGACUCCGACCUCCAGCUGGAGCGCAUCAAUGUCUACUACAAUGAGGCUUCCGGAGGCAAAUACGUGCCGCGUGCCAUCCUCGUGGAUCUGGAGCCAGGCACCAUGGACUCGGUGCGGUCAGGGCCUUUCGGGCAGCUCUUCAGGCCAGACAACUUCGUCUUCGGCCAGAGCGGUGCGGGAAACAACUGGGCCAAGGGCCACUACACAGAGGGCGCCGAGCUCGUCGACUCCGUGCUGGACGUCGUCCGCAAGGAGGCCGAGGGUUGCGACUGCCUGCAGGGCUUCCAGCUCACGCACUCGCUCGGAGGCGGCACCGGAUCGGGCAUGGGCACCCUGCUCAUCUCCAAGAUCCGCGAGGAGUACCCCGAUCGUAUCAUGAACACCUUCUCCGUCGUCCCCUCACCCAAGGUGUCGGACACCGUGGUCGAGCCAUACAACGCAACCCUCUCGGUUCACCAGCUCGUCGAGAACACAGACGAGACCUUCUGUAUUGACAACGAAGCCUUGUAUGACAUCUGCUUCCGCACGCUGAAGCUGACCACACCCACGUAUGGAGACUUGAACCACCUCGUGUCUGCAACCAUGUCCGGUGUCACAACUUGCCUUAGGUUCCCAGGCCAGCUGAAUGCUGAUCUGCGCAAGCUGGCGGUCAACAUGGUUCCGUUCCCCCGUCUCCACUUUUUCAUGCCUGGCUUCGCCCCCCUCACCGCCCGCGGCUCGCAGCAGUACCGUGCCCUCACCGUACCCGAGCUGACCCAGCAGAUGUUCGACGCCAAGAACAUGAUGGCGGCAUGCGACCCGAGGCACGGGCGCUACCUCACGGUGGCGGCCAUCUUCCGCGGCCGCAUGAGCAUGCGUGAGGUGGACGAGCAGAUGCUCAACGUUCAGAACAAGAACUCGUCUUACUUUGUUGAAUGGAUCCCGAACAACGUCAAGACGGCCGUGUGCGACAUUCCUCCUCGCGGGCUCAAGAUGUCUGCCACAUUCAUUGGAAACAGCACUGCCAUUCAAGAGCUCUUCAAGCGAAUCUCCGAGCAGUUCACAGCCAUGUUCCGCCGCAAGGCUUUCCUCCACUGGUACACCGGUGAGGGCAUGGACGAGAUGGAGUUCACCGAGGCGGAGUCCAACAUGAACGACCUGGUUUCAGAGUACCAGCAGUACCAGGAGGCGACCGCGGACGAGGAGGGCGAGUUUGAAGAUGAGCCAGAGGCUGAUGCUGAGGCUUAGGCGGUUUUUUUUUUUUUUUUUUUUUCUCUCAUCCGUCAUUCCCACUUCCCCCCACCCGUGUUCAUUUUGUUCCAGUGAUUUUUUUUCGUUCAUGUUCAGUUCGGAAUAAAUUAUUUUGUUCAAGCCUA